AUGUCGAGCAGCGCCGCCAAGCUCGACCUACUCCGGGCCAACGUCGCCGCGAAGAAGAGAAACACCGACUUGGCUUUCCUGCUGGGCGGGCCGGACAUGCUCCAGAGCAACGACAAGGCGUGGUACUUGACGGAGCGUGGCCUCAUCCUGAACCAGCUUCCCUGCUUUUUCUUCCACUGCCCAUCGUGCGCACCACCAGCUCCCGGCGACCGUGGACGCGCCCGACUCGCUGCCGUGGCCGUAGACGCGCCUGCUCGACCGCGACCUGCAGCGGGUCAGCGGCGACCUGCGGGUGGCGCUAGCCGCAGAGGAGAAGAACAAGCAGGCCAUGGAGGAGCUGCUGCUGGCGCUCAAGGAGGUGAACGCGGAGCUGCACACCACGCGGCAGCAGCUGGUGCGCCCGCAACACGAGUCAGAAACGGCGAGGCUGGAGUCGGACCGGGUGCACGUGUCCCUAAAGCGCAAGGACGACAAGGUCUGCGCGCUGUCCGACGAGGUGGCCCGCCUCCGCUCCGACGCCGAGGAGGCGUUCGCCACGUUCCGGGGCAAGGAGGCCGGGUUCACGGCGUGCAUGAAGUCGUCGGAAGCGGAGUUCGCCGCGUCCCGGCGCGAGAACGCGCGACUCCUCGAGUCGCAACGGUCUGGGCGGCACGAGGUGGCCAAGCUGCGGGACAUCCUGAAGCAGGCCGUCAAGGACACCAAGUUCGUCAAGGAGGCGCUGGAGGAGGUGAGGAGCGAGAACGCCAUGCUCAAGGAGAUGGUCGGGAGCAAGGACACCGCCGUCAAGUGCAGCAAGGAGGAGCUGGAGUGCCUCCGGGUGAGCGAGGCCGCGGCGCGCGACAACAUCAAGGAGCUGCAGAGCUUGCUGGUGGCCACGUCGGUGAGUCCCACCCCCACGCCGUCCGCGGCGGCAGGAGCGGGAAGGUCGUUUGACCUGGAGGACCUGUCGCCGCGGACGAGAUCGACGGGAUCGCACUGGAGUAGAGGGAGAG